CUUUCAGUAGAGCUUCAAAACAAACUGCCUUAGACACCAGUGAAAACCAGGUGAACCCCACCACCCUUGUGGUGACGUGCAUUGAAAUGCAUGUUUCCUCAGAGGGAGGGUGCCAAAGUACCAGUGUUGAUGAAGAGUUAAGGCUGUACGAGUGCAAUGUGGGCGUCUUGAAGUAUCUGUCUCAUGGUGUGGAGGACCACUGGAGGCGGCUUCAAAAUGCAAGGGUUUUUGUGGUGGAGAAGGGCAUGGGGAGAAGUGACGGAGAGUUUCAGUUUUCUGUGGUUCUGCUGCUCAAGCUGGCAACCCAAGAGCUGACUUACGAGACAAAUGAAGUGCAUACCAGUGAGCCUGGGCACUUCACAGAGUUCCUGGAUGAGUUUUCACCAGAUGUCCUAGGCCAGCUCUUGAAUGAUCCCUUCUUGUCUGAAAAGAAUGAAAUAAUGGAAGUGGAACUGUCUCCGGCAUCCCCAGCGCCCCUCAUCCAGGCAGAACACAGCUACUCCCUUUGUGGGGACUCUCGACCCCAGUCUCCCUUGACCCACAUCUCGACCGAUGACAACUUCAAUGAAGGUGACCUGGAAAAUGAGGAAUGGUGUCUGGCUACAGAGCUGACUCCAGCAGCCAUAAAGACUGAGCCAGCGUUGUGUGAGACGUCAGGCCUUGCUCCCUCAGUCAGUCUCACUGUCACGGCCACGUCGCUGGAGGAGGAACCUGAGCUACAGACGGACACCUUGAUGAAACCACUGAGCCAGAAAGUUCUUCCAGAGAUUAAAUUGGAGCCCCAUGAAGUGGAUCAGUUCCUGAACCUCUCUUCCAAGGAAGCAGUGGAUCCCCUGCAUUUGCCUCCAACCCCUCCCAGCAGCCAUGGCAGUGACUCUGAAGGAGGGCAGAGCCCAGCUAGAUCGCUCCCUCCUUCCAGCCCAAUCCAAUUACAAGCCACGGCUAAAGUGACGUCGCGCACAGCUUCAGCGCUCUCUAAUUCCCCUCUCCUGACUGCACCACAUAAAUUACAGGGGACUGGCCCACUCAUCCUGACAGAGGAGGAGAAGAGGACGCUGAUAGCAGAGGGGUACCCGAUCCCUACGAAACUGCCCCUGACGAAAGCAGAGGAGAAGGUGCUGAAGAAAAUACGCAGGAAAAUAAAGAACAAGAUCUCUGCCCAGGAAAGUAGAAGAAAAAAGAAAGAAUACAUGGACAGUCUGGAAAAAAAAGUUGAGACCUGUUCAAAUGAAAAUAGUGAGCUGCGUAAGAAGGUUGAAGUCCUGGAGAAUACUAACAGAACACUUCUGCAGCAGUUGCAGAGACUUCAAGCUGUAGUUGCUGGGAAAGUGUCCCGUUCAUGUAAGGCAGCUAGCACACAGACAGGGACCUGUCUCAUGAUGGUGGUGCUGUGCUUUGCAGUAGUUUUUGGCAGCUUCUCUCAGAGCUAUGGGCCAUAUCCUUCUGCUACAAAGAUGGUUUUGCCCAGGCAGCAUUCCUCACCAGAGUCCUACACAGACUCUAUUGUGAGGUCAAGGAGUCUGCUAAUUUAUGAAGAGCCUCACCAACUGGAGGAGUCGUCAAGCCCGAUCUCCUUUGCAGAUCGCAAUGACAGGCAAGCAGACACCUCCAAGUAUGCAGCGCUGUCCCUGGAAGCUGUGCCGGGGACGCAGCAGGAUGAUAUCAUGCAGUUCACAAUAGCCAACGAGACGAGGCUAGAGAAAUCAGUGCUGCUGGGCCUGCAGCAGCACCGAGUCAACUCCGAACUAGAAGGAAAUGAAACACUGAAGAUAAUUGAAAUAGAUAGAAGAGUCAAUGCCACCUCUUAAAAAUAAAAAGGCCUUUUUUCUUCGACUUCUCUCUUUCCCACAUAUUUCCAACCAAAGUCCCCCUGACUUGUCAUCCUCAGUGAACCAAAGCACAAAAGAGAGGGAGUUCAACUUCUGCAUUGACUGGUGAGGCUGUGACUGCAGAUGGGAUCUCUUGUCUUUGUAACUCCCUUCCUCACUUCACACACAGUCCCUGUCUUUGCUUUUAUUCCUUUCCUGUCUAAUACUGCAAGGGCAGGAUUGAAUUAUGAUGACAGAUGAUGCCAGCAGUGUGCCGGUGACUGGUGGGGGUGUGUGUGCGUGCAGGCACACAUCCUAAUCUGAGCACAAAGACAUUCUGUAGAAGAGUGAAAUAUGCAAAACCGAUGGGAGCUUGUGGAUCAU